AUGUUUUUAAGAUUCGAGCCAACCAAAUCCACAAAAGGCGCAAGCAAGAUGCGGCGCGAUCUCAUCAACGCUGAAAUCUCGAAUCUUCGAGACCUGCUGCCACUACCUCCAUCGACAAGGCAGCGACUCUCCCAACUUCAACUUAUGGCCCUCGUUUGUGUCUACGUCAGGAAGAUGAAUUAUUUCCAGCAAGUGUUCAAGAGUCACGAUUUCAGCUAUCAGUAUCAGGAACAAUCCACUCCUACACCUAAUAUUGGGUUUUCUAAGGCAAUGAACGGUUUUAUGAUGAUGAUGACACAGAAUGGAAAACUAUUAUACAUAUCGGAAAAUGCAGCGGAAUACUUAGGACAUUCAAUGGAGGAUUUAUUAAUACACGGUGAUAGUGUUUACGACAUAAUAGAUAGACAAGACCACCAAACAGUUCAAAUGGAGUUAAACAGAGGCGGUAACGGAGAGACUGAAAACGUACCAAAGAAUAGGCAUUUCUUCUGUAGAAUGAAUGUUUCAAGAAACGCCAGGAGACAAAUGAGAUUCGGUGACCAAAAAGUAGUCCUUAUCCGCGGCCAUUAUGUCUCGUACUUACCUUUAUGCAGUCGCAACGAGCCUGUAUUUCUAUGUGUGUGUACACCGCUCGCUAUGCCAGAGACACGCGAAUGUGUAGUACAUGGCGCCACGAAUGUCUUCACUACCGUACACUCCAUGGAUAUGAAGAUAUUGCAUAUCGACACUAAUGGCGAAUGGUAUUUGGGAUGGAAGAAGUCUGAAUUAGCCGACGUUUCAUGGUACCAGUUAAUACAUUGGGACAGCUUACGAGAAGCCCAGAGUAAACACAGACUUAUAACACAAUCGGAACAAGACAAAUGCUGCAUACUGCUUGUGAAGUUGCAGCAACGUAACGGUCAAUUCCUCUGGGUACAUGUCGUGUUGCAAGUGAAAGAUGCUACGGACACGCCAAGGCAAUUCAUUGUUGCCACUAAUCAAAUUCUAAGCGAAGAAGAAGCGACAGUAAUGUUAGCCAACUCCUGGUUAUAUCAAUACUACGGUUACCAAAACCAGCCUUGUGGUAUGCUAGACCCUCGAUGCCAGAAAUUCUUCAGGAGAGACCAGUGUUACCAAGAUCCUUAUCAAGAAUACCCGUAUAUUGAAAACCAAGAACUUGAGUAUACGGGUUACCAUGUAUCAGCGUAUGUUCAACCGAAAACCAUAGAAGACUACAGCGGCUGUGAAAGAGUGUAUUCGGAGAGAGGUCCAGUGGAUUAUUCUACUCAUUCUCCUCAGUCUACAAUUAGUGAAGAAAGAUCACCACAUCACUACGACCCUUCACCAGACAUAGUAGUUAACAGCAAUAUGUACAUGUACCCUCAUCAUGGGAAGAGGGAGUACUACGAACAGUAUCCUCGAGUUAAUUAUCAUGUCCAAGAACCUUGCACGAGUACUGCCAUUGAAGGUAUGGAAUACCCGAGCGCUAAACGAAUGCGGCUUGCACCACCACCGCUUACCUUGGAAGAAACCGAUGGCAUGGAGCGAUGGAACCCAAGUCCACCAUGGUCUGAUACCACGCUUAAAAUACCAGACUACUCCCAACGGUUCACAUACAACCACAUGGUGCCAAUACCACCUGAGAGAGCUAUGGUUACUUAA